UACGUCGUCGACGGCAACUGGACAGUAAACGAAUCUGCCCCCAAGGAGGCCGACCACGAGGGCAACAUCAACAACUUCAUCACGCCCGAGGACAUCCUUCAGUCCGACCCCGCAGCUGCCUUGACCAACACCGUUACUCCUCAGGCCACCACCGUCGCAAUGGCUUCUGAACAGCCGAUUGACAAGCCCGAGGGCGCCGCCACCCCUUCGGACGUUCCUGGCGGCUUCCCCAUCACCCCCAGCACCGAGCUGGACAAGCCCAUCGGCGUCAACCCCCUGCCCGCUGCUGCCGGCGCUGUCAACCCCUUCAAGCUCGAGCCUGGCGAGAAGGUCCCCGAUGUCGGCAUCGAGAGCACCAACGACCACGUCAAGCUGGACAAGGAGUCUUACGACAAGAGCGACGCCCUUCCCGGCGUUGACGUCGCCGACCUGCCCCCCAUCACCAGCAAUCUGAUUCCCGAAUCCAGCCUUCCCGUCACCGCCGCGGGAGACGUCAACAUCAACACUGUCGGCUCCGGCGCCACAACCCUCGGCCUGGCCGCCCAGGUCCCGCUCGAGGCCAAGAUUCCCGAUGCCACCAAGGUCCCCGAAGUCGUCAAGGAGAGCCAAGAAAAGGCCCACGCCGAGCCCGAGGCCUCAGCCGUCCCCGAAGAAGUCGCGGACAAGGCCAAGGUCGAGGAGGAGCUCAAGGAGAAGGUCACCGAAGUUCCCGCCGCCUCUGAGGGCACCGCCGGCGUCGGCACCGAGAAGUCGGAGUCGGAGACGGACCCCGCCGCCGCCAUUGCUGCCGCCGCCACCACGACGGGCGCCGCCGUCCUUUCCGCCGUCAUUGCCGCCAAGGACAAUCUCGUCGAGACCGCCGCGCCUGUCGCCAACGACGCCGCUGCGGCUGCUUCUGCCGCUGCCAAUGACGCUGUUGCCGCCGCUACUGAAGCCGCCAGGCAGAACCUUCCCGACUCCGUCAAGGAGAAGCUGCCUGAGCCCCUUCAGGAUGUCCUUGCUCAGCAAGAGACCGCCGCCAAGGAGGCGACCCGAGAGGAGGUUUCUCCCGAAGUCCCCGCCGAGGUCAAGGAGUCCAUCACCGAAGCCGACAAGAGCCCCGAGGCUGCCGCCAACACUGUCGCGGUCGAGGAGAAGAAGGAGGUCGAGGCUGAACUGCUGAAGGAGGUCAAGCCCGUCCCGCCUGUCGACGAGACCGAGACCACGCCCGCCCCCAAGCAGGAGGCUCACGAGGAGGCAAUCGACAACCCUGUGACUGAGGUCAGCAACGUCCAGGUCAGCAAGACCGAGGUUCCCGUCGAGGAGCUCGCCACGGUCGCCCCCGCCAUUGAGGCGCCCAAGGCCUCUGAGGUGCCCAAGAUCGAAGAGACCCCGACCGCGGCCGAGACCCCCGCCGCCGCCGAUGUAGUUGCCCUUGCUCCCGCCGCCGAAGUACCUGCCCUUGCCCCCGCUCCCAUCGACACAACGGUUGCUCCGGAAGCAUCCAAGACCGACGGUCCCUCCGUGGACACCCCCGUGACCGAGACCGACAAGACCGAGGUGCCCCCUAGCGAUGCGGCUGCGGAGCCCGCCAAGGCCGACGCCGCCAACGGCUCCAACGGCUCCAACGGCGCGCACUCCGACAAGGGAUCCGAGAAGAAGAAGAACCGUUUCAGCGCCUUCUUCAGCCGAUUCACGCAUAAGCACAAGCACUGA